AUGUGCGGAAUUUCUGCUCGUAUUUCGCUUGCGCCGGUAAUCACCAACUGCCAUGAUGGCUGUGCCGAGGAUAGAAGAGCCCCUUCCGACGGAAACCCCAAUUUGACCUGUCAGAUUGGCGGCACGGCAAAGAGACUUGCGACGCAACUCAAGACUUCGGUUGAGAUUAUCGCCCACCGUGGCCCCGAUGACUCGGACGUAUGGAUCAGCGACAACGAGGAAGUAGGACUGGCUCACUGUCGACUUUCCAUCAACGACCUGUCCUCGGCGGGGCGGCAGCCACUCCAUAGUAGCGACAACCAAAUACAUGCCAUCGUAAAUGGCGAGAUUUACGACUAUGAUUCCAUACGCCGAGAGUGUGAAACGGUGCACGGAUACGUUUUCCAGAGCGAUAGCGACAGCGAGCUUGUGUUGGCGCUUUACAAGAUCUACGACGCCCCGGAAUUCUUCACUCAUCUUCGGGGUGAGUUCGCAUUUGUAAUUUAUGACAGCCGUCAAAAUUCUCGGCGCGUGAUUGCCGGACGCGACCGCUAUGGCAUCAAGCCGUUGGUGUAUACUCGCCUCGGGUCGACACUGCUUGUUGCUUCUGAGGCCAAGGCUUUCUUGCCUAUGGGCUGGAGCCCUCGCUGGGAUGUGCGCGCAAUUUCCGACGCUGGCUGGAUGCUUGACGACCGAACGCUGUUCCGGGGCGUUCGAAAGGUUCUGCCUGGACACUAUCUUGAUAUCACAGAGCAAGGGGGUGUGCAGCAAGUCAAGUAUUGGGAUGCUGAAUAUGAAGACAAGACCAAACCCGAAACUCGCUCCAUUGACGAGAUGGUGACUGGUGUUCGUGAGAGGCUGGUCGAAUCCAUCCGUCUACGUCUGCGUGCUGACGUUCCGAUUGGCGUUUACCUCUCUGGUGGCAUCGACUCUUCUGCUAUUGCUGGCAUAGUCACUGAACUUUCACGUAAAGAGAAGGUUAAGAUUGGAAACGAAGAGACUGCCCGCGUCACCUGCUUUAGUGUGGCGUUUCCGGAGACAUCUGGGUAUGAUGAAUCACAUGUUGCCGAGCGCACAGCGGAGUGGCUUGGAGUAAAGACUAUCAAGAAUAUUAUCACGGAAGACACACUGGCUGAAGACUUUGAGGAUGCUGUGUUUCACUGCGAGCAUCAUCACUAUGACCUCAACUCUGUGGCCAAGUUUGCGCUCUCAUCUCUCCCACGUGAGCAUGGAAUCAAGGUUGUUCUGACCGGUGAAGGCUCCGAUGAGCAUUUUGCCGGUUACCCAUGCUUCCCGGCCGAGUUCCUUCGCGAAGCUGACGGAGCCUUCCCUAGUUGCGAAUUGUCCCUAAACGGCGAACUUAGAGAGGAACUAUUCAAAUCUGCACAGCAAGAAAUGAAAGGCAUCUGGGAAAGGGUGGGUGGAACAGUCUUGGACGAGAUACCAGCUCCUCCAUCUAUCGCGGGAGCGGGAGCAGUUGACACAUGUGAUAAUCUGUUGGCAUGGCAUCCCACUGCCUCGCUUUUCGCUCCCUGGCUUCAAAGUCAACAUGCGAAUAUCGAUCACCGUAUGACGGUUCUCAAUUCGCACUCAAGUGAUGUACAGAAUAAGAUGCGGUCACUCUGGCACCCUCUACACACUUCAAUGUACAUGUGGAACAAGAACGUGCUGGCCAACGUUUUCUUAUCAUGCCUCGGUGACCGCACGGAGAUGGCACAUAGCGUUGAAGCGCGAACACCAUUUCUCGAUCACCAUCUCACCGAGUACAUCAAUCGGUUACCACCCAGUGUGAAACUGCGCUACUCGGCCGAAAACGCAAGCACUUCUGGUGAAUUGGGUCCUAUAUGGACCAAAUCCAGUCAAGCUUUGCAGACAAUCAAUGAAAAAUGGAUCCUGCGCCAGGCGGUGCGUCCUUAUAUUACGGACGAGCUGUACAAACGGAAGAAGCACCCUUUCCUUGCGCCAACUAAAUGGGCUCAGGAUGGACCGUUGCACCGCAAGUUCAAGGGGUUGUUGACACAAGAAGCCGUCGAAGGGCUGGGCUUUGUUGAUCCGGAGGCGAUUCGGAAGGCUAUGGAAACAGCCUGGGGCGAGACGGCGGACCCGAGGGCAUUCCGAUUCUUGCUUUAUUGUGGUGCUUGGGUGACCCUCAGCCAACGUAUGGGCGUGGCAAAAGCGGAAGAAGAUGAUUGGGAGGUGUAG